AUGGAUUUGAAUUGUGUGAAGAAUGCCAUUAAUUUGGGGAUUAAGGAGUACGUUGAGAAGCUGGGUAAGGCUUUCAGUGAAGGUGCUGGGGCCGCAACCAUGAGUCCGUUGGAUACGAGUCGUAAGCCCGGUGUUGAAGCCUUCAAGAGUAUAAAAAAUGGUGCACUGUACACAGUGCUGGAUACAAGCAAAGCUGCGAGUGCCCCAAGCCCAGCAUAUGGUCUAGAGUGGGCUCUUCAUGGGAUGAGUACCCACUUAAAUCACUAUCUCAGGAACGGUUCCGAUGUUGUCAGCAAAAUCGUAGAUGAUUUUAUGAAGCCUGUUGACGGCCAGUUGCCUAAAAUUGAUAAUAGCCAGCUAGUGAACAUUGACAACGUCCCGACGUUUUCCCAUUACCAUGGUGGUAAAGGCGAUGGAGGCAAGAAAAGAGCCUUACAUGAUGCCAUCGACCAAAUAAAAAAUUGA